AGCCAUAGGGCCUGCCCCUUCUGGCUCCGGGGCUAGAAAAGAGAGUCGAUGCCGGCAGCGGUGAUGAGUCUUGGGAGGCACUGGCUGCUCGGCGGUUCCGAGGAGCGGCUGCUGCUGGUGGUCUUUCUGCAGAUGUAUUGCUGUCACUGAACACUGGCCCAUUGGAAAGCACUAGAGAAGCUCAGCCAUCAGUAUGUCCAAGUACAAACUGAUCAUGUUAAGACAUGGAGAGGGUGCUUGGAAUAAAGAGAACCGUUUUUGUAGCUGGGUGGAUCAGAAACUUAACAGUGAAGGAAUGGAAGAAGCUCGGAACUGUGGGAAGCAACUCAAAGCGCUAAACUUUGAGUUUGAUCUUGUGUUCACAUCCAUCCUGAACCGAUCCAUCCACACAGCCUGGCUGAUCCUGGAAGAGCUGGGGCAGGAGUGGGUUCCCGUGGAAAGCUCCUGGCGUCUCAAUGAGCGUCACUAUGGAGCCUUGAUCAGUCUCAACAGGGAGCAAAUGGCUUUGAAUCACGGCGAGGAGCAAGUGAGGCUGUGGAGAAGGAGCUACAGUGUGACCCCACCGCCCAUAGAGGAGUCCCAUCCUUACUACCACGAGAUCUACAACGACCGGAGAUAUAAAGUGUGCGACAUUCCUUUGGAUCAGCUGCCACGAUCCGAGAGCUUAAAGGAUGUUCUGGAGAGACUCCUUCCUUAUUGGAAUGAAAGGAUUGCUCCUGAAGUAUUAAGCGGUAAAACCAUUCUGAUAUCUGCUCAUGGAAAUAGCAGCCGGGCACUCCUGAAACAUCUGGAAGGUAUCUCAGAUGAAGACAUUAUCAACAUUACUCUUCCUACUGGAGUCCCCAUUCUCCUGGAACUGGACGAGAACCUGCAUGCUGUUGGACCUCACCAGUUCCUGGGCAACCAAGAGGCUAUCCAAGCAGCCAUUAAGAAAGUAGAGGAUCAAGGAAAAGUGAAACGCGCUGACAAAUAAAAUCUUUCCCACGUGCUAGCUAGGGAUAGCUGCAGAAGGAGUGGUAUGCGGUGUGUUGUGGGUGCUGAUCUCGCUUUUUUUUUUUUUUUGUCCCCCGCUGAUUUUUCCUGAUUUUCCCAGAUCUAGGCUGUGGGGUAGAGUUUGUAUAAGUAACUAGGUAACUUAUGUUGGCCCAGAUAAAGGCUUUAGGAUGCCUGAGUGCUAAUGUCAUAAGCCUUAUGCGUUAGCCCCUGCCAGCCCCGUUUGAAUUAGUCACUAAGUUAGUCACCAGUGGGGCUUAAUCAAUGUCAUAAGUUUCCGAGAUGGGGGAGCAACAAGUGGAGGUCAAGUUCAAGGUAUUCCUCAUUCAGUAAAUCAGUAUAGAGUGACCACUGACAGGCACUACUUACUCCAAUAAGUAGUUCACAUUUAUAUUUACUGAGACUUUCUAGGAUGAUAAUAAAGGGCAUUAGAUAACACACUAUACUUAAGUAUUUAUUACUAGUCUUUUCCUCUAGGGAAAGGGAUGCUUUGAUAGGUUAAGACUAGAGGCCCAUUAAAUGGGAGAGUCACGGAUGGAUUCCUCCAAGACAGCCAACAACAAACACCAAGGCCCUUUGCCUCAUGACAUUUGGUGGAAUUCCUCUCUGGCUGCUAGAAUUAGCAGCAUAUAGACAGCUAUAGCUGUUCGUGUUCUCUUUUUGUUUUAUUUUUGCUUUUUAAACUUUAAUUUUGGGGUCUUUAAAAUUAAUUUAAAAAUAAGUUCUGUGACUGAAAAUGGUACCAUCCCAAGAAUUUCCAUAUGAUUCAUAAAUAUUAAGUAUAGGCUGCUGAAUUAUUCUCUGCUCUUAUCUUCCUAUAACACAAAGAGUUGUACUUAUUUCAACACAUAGACAUGCCUAAUUCUCUAAAAAUUGAAGGUCGGGUCAGGGGAAGGUAGAAUAUAGUGGGUGUAAUUUUAUUCACUUGAACAGGGGAAAUGGUAUAUUCGCACUUGUCACAUACAUUUGUUCUUUAUCUGCUGAGGGCAAAACAUUAUGGUACAUAGUCUAUAGUAUUCAGGGUAGGCCACAGACAGAAUUGACUGCUUAUCAAUCUUAAUGAUAUAGAAUGUUUUUAGAUGCUGGAGAUAGGUAAGUGAUCAUUUCUUUAAGCUACUGCCUUAUUUCAGAGCAAGUGACAUAUAUUUCAGUGAUAAAGUCAUGUAAACAAUUUACAACUAUAAAAGCUGUUACAGAUAUCACCAGUUUUUCAUGGUUUUCCAUUGGUGGGUUGGUUUAUUUGUAUCCAUUUUAUAGUAAAACUGUCAUUAGAAGGAAAUUAAUUCUAAAACCCUUGCUACUGCUUGGUCUGUACUGAUCCUUAAAUCAAGACUUAGAGCGUCAGCUGAUGAAGAUGGCUGAACAGAAGAAAUGACCCUGGCUUGCUCACAGCUGGCUGCACCUGUGAUGCAUAAGGACAUGGACUGUGGAUGCUUGACGUUCCUGACCAGCUACUGGCUUUUCUGCCGUAGUCCUUCUUUUCACAGUUCUGUUGCCUAACCAAAUAACACUGUUUAUAAUUCAGAGAUCAGGGCCAAGAAUACAACUACCAGAUCUUCCUAGAAUUCCAAACCUAUGGCUAAGCUUCAACUCAGACCAUUUUUGAACAGCUUCAUCUCUGGAAUUGGCGUCUGAAUUUUCCAGCCCAAGAAGUGACCAUGUCUUAACACAGCUCAAGAGCCUAGAGCUGGAUUCUUCCCUUGUCCUGCAUCUAGAUAUCCACCUCCAGUGGACGCCUGGCAGCAUGAUGUGCUCCUGCACACAGAGCUGUGCUCACACCCAGUCGCUUUGGAAUCUUACAGACUUCCUAAGAGAGGGAUCAUUUUUGCUGACACUUUCUGGUACAAUUUGGUUUUUGAGAUCUUGGCUGAAAUAAAUGAAGAGAUAUUUAUGAAAA